GUCCAGCUGGAAGGUGGACGGCAGCAGUACAAGCCAGUGGUCAUGGCACUGACCGAGAAGGACAUCCUGCUAUUUGAAUCAGUGCCGUGGAGCAGAGAGUCCUGGUCCAUGCCUCUGCUCACACACCCGCUGCUAGCCACAAGACUGGUUCAUUCUGGCAGCGCCCGGGGUUCUCCCGCCCAGGGUUCAGACCUGGUGUUCGCCACUCGGACGGGCACAGGGCGGGGCAUCGAGUCCCACAUCUUCCGAGUGGAGACCCACUGGGAUCUGUCUUCAUGGACGCGAGCCCUCGUGCAGGGGGCACAUGCUGCCGCUGAGCUCAUUAAAGAGGUCUCCAUUG